CCACAGCUGUAUUUCGAAAUGAAUGCAAGAGACACAUUUCGGCUUCCGUAGUUGAAGUAAUCCAUAGUCUUUACUAUACUUUUUUUCCAGUCUUAUAUCGUUUAUUUUACUUUAUUUCCAUAACAGGCACGUAUUUUUGUGUGUCUCAGGCAAAACUACAUCCGGAAGCAACGGGAAAAGAUAGCAUUAUAGGGAUACGCUACUUGGGCUUUGUUCCUUAGCCAUUACACUGAGUUUUAAUUGACUGUCAAGGUUGAUAGCUAGCAAGCUUGCUACCGUGUUAGCUCGUUAGCAAGGCUACGAUAUCUUUCUUUAACGUCUAUCAUACAGGCCUAGCAAACGACUCGCUAAAUAAGCAGUUUAUUCAGCGCGGACGUGUUUUAUCAACCGGCACUAAAUCAGCUAGCAUGUAAACAGUCCUCCGCAGCUCGCUGGCAGAUGUUCUCCGGGGCAGUCACCGCCGCCGCCGCUACAUUUGUAACCAGUUGAAUAUCAUUAGCUGAUAGCCUGCUACAGUUGUGUCGAAGUCGGAAAUACGGAAAUAGCAUCCACGUACGGCCGACAUUGGAACCAAAUAACUGGAGUUGUUAGCGGCAGCCUCAGCAUUUGCUCAAGGGCUACGGUCGAUGCAUUUUUAAGUGAGAUUUACGGUAUACACUGGCAUUCACAAGUGAUCGUGUCAGACGAUUCAUAUAUAACUCUUGCACCGAAAAAAAUAUCAGGGCGAGUUGAUGAAGAUCACAGUCCACAUCGGCAUGUCAGAGGGAUUUGUGAGCUGAAGGAUUGUCACAAAUACAAAGCAAAAGCAAAGCGAGCACAUCUGCCAUUCAUGCGUGACUCACAGCUAUGAUGUAUUUUGAAAUAUUCGUUUCGACACAUAAGUGUUUUUCUUUUGAACUGUAGUAAGUUGCGUGAUAAGCGUUAACAUAGAUGGUUGUACACCGGAAGAGCACUGUGUCUAAUUCACGUUAUUUGCGAUAAUAUACUAAAAUCCCCAAUCAACAUGUCCGGGGACAGUAGCGGUAGCGAGGACUCGGACCGAGAGACUCGGAAGAAAGUCUGCACCGUCAAACAUGAAAUCACUAAUGCAAAUCUCACAGGAUACACUGAGAAAGUUGGCAUGGAGAACUUUGAACUUCUCAAAGUGCUUGGCACUGGAGCCUACGGGAAAGUGUUCCUGGUCAGGAAAAUCAGUGGACACGAUGAAGGCAAGCUUUACGCCAUGAAGGUCCUGAAGAAGGCGGCCAUCGUUCAAAAGGCCAAGACAGCGGAGCACACGAGGACAGAGAGGCAGGUGUUGGAGCACAUCCGCCAGUCGCCGUUCCUCGUCACUCUGCACUACGCUUUCCAGACCCAGACCAAGCUCCACCUCAUACUGGACUAUGUGAGCGGUGGGGAGAUGUUCACUCACCUGUACCAGCGAGACCACUUCUCAGAGGACGAGGUGCGAAUCUACGUGGGAGAGAUUGUGCUUGCCCUGGAACACCUGCACAAGCUUGGCAUCGUGUACCGAGACAUUAAACUGGAGAACAUCCUUCUGGACAGCGAGGGCCAUGUGGUGCUGACAGACUUUGGGCUGAGUAAAGAGUUCCUGGAGGAGGAGAGGACCUUCUCGUUCUGCGGUACCAUUGAGUACAUGGCCCCGGAGAUCAUCAGAGGAAAGGCCGGCCACGGCAAGACAGUAGACUGGUGGAGUCUGGGGAUUCUCAUGUUCGAGUUGCUGACAGGUGCGUCUCCGUUCACAUUGGAGGGGGAGAGGAACUCCCAGAGCGAGGUGUCUAAGCGGAUCCUGCGCUGUGAGCCUCCGUUCCCCUCUCUGAUUGGCCCCGUGGCUCAGGACCUCAUCCGCAAGCUCCUGGUGAAAGAUCCCCACAAGAGACUGGGCUCUGGGCCCAGAGGGGCAGAGGACAUCAAGAGCCACGUCUUCUUCAAGGGGCUGAACUGGACUGACCUGGCACAGAAGAAGCUGGCGAGUCCGUUCAAGCCAGAACUGCGGAAUGAGCUGGAUGUGGGGAACUUCGCCGAGGAGUUUACAGGCAUGGAGCCGGUCUACUCCCCCGCCAGCACUCCCCCCAGUACCGAGCGCCUCUUCCAGGGUUAUUCGUUCGUGGCGCCCUCCAUCUUGUUCAAUAAGAAUGCGGUGAUGGCAGACGUGCUGGACGCCCCGGUGUGCGUGGACCGGCCCGGCUCAGCUACUGUUCAGCGCAGCGCCAUGCUGAAGGAAUCCCAGUUCUUCCAGCAUUACGAACUGUGUGUCCAGGGUCCACCACUGGGUGAGGGCAGUUUCUCUGUCUGCAGGAAGUGCAGACACAAACAGACUGGCCAAGAGUACGCCGUCAAAAUCAUCAGCCGCAGGCUGGAGGCCAUGACUCAGCGAGAAAUCGCAGCACUUAGGCAGUGUCAGUCUCAUCCCAGCAUCGUUACUCUCCACGAGGUUUACACUGAUCAGUACCACACGUAUCUGGUGCUGGAGCUGCUGCGUGGGGGCGAGCUGUUGGAGCGGCUGAAGAAGAAGAAGCUCUUUGCCGAGGGCGAGGCCAGUCAGCUGAUGAAGAGCCUGGUGUCGGCCGUCAGCUUCAUGCACGAGGCCGGAGUCGUGCACCGGGACCUGAAACCAGAGAACGUGCUGUUUGCAGACGAGGCCGAAGACUCUGUGCUGAAAGUGAUUGAUUUUGGCUUCGCGCGCCUCUUCCCAGCAGGCAGUGGGAGCGCGCCCCUUCAGACCCCGUGCUUCACGCUGCAGUACGCCGCACCUGAGCUCUUCCACAGCUCCGGAUAUGACCAGGCCUGCGACCUCUGGAGCCUGGGGGUCAUAUUGUACACCAUACUUUCCGGACAAGUCCCGUUCCAGAGCGAGAAAAAAGGAAUGACUUCCUCGCAUGCUGCUGACAUCAUGCACAAGAUCAAAGAAGGAGACUUCUCAUUGGACGGUGAAGCCUGGAAAGGCGUGUCUGAUGAGGCCAAAGACCUAGUGAGAGGCCUGUUAACGGUGGACCCGGAGCGGCGUCUGAAGCUGGCGGUACUGAAGGAGAACGCCUGGCUGCAGGGUGGAGGUGUCUCCUCCACCCCCCUCUGCACCCCCGACGUCCUCGAGUCCAGCGGCCCCACUGUCCGCACGUACGUCAACGCAACCUACAAGGCGUUCAACAGGGGCAAGCGUGAGGGCUUCUUCUUGAAAAGCGUGGACAACGCACCACUGGCCAAGCGCCGCAAGCUGAAGAUGACCAGCACGGGCGUGGAGACCCGUCGCAGCUCUUCAUCCUCCUCCUCUUCCUCCUCCUCAUCCUCCUCGGCCACCCAGCUCAAGACGCCGCAGGGUCGCCAGACUGUGACCCCCGGCCGCGACGACCCGAAACUGUGACCCUUCGCGUCUGACACCCCCCAACCCCCCCCUAACCAUGCCCUCC